UAUCGGUAUUAUGUCGGUGCAGGAAUCUGCAUCCAGUGCUCUCCAACUUAUACUACUGAUAUUAGAUAAAAAUAAUUAAAAAAUAUCAAAAAACAAAGAUAACAAAAGAAAAAUCUUCCACGUCAAUCAAACUUUGUAAUAUCGAUAAGAAGCCAGUCACGUAAAUCUCCAGUUACAUCAAGGAAAAUGUAUCUGAGAUGACAUACAUUUUCCCAUGUUACUCCGAAUUCCGUUUAAGACACUUUACCCAAACAUUAUUUAGACGAUGAUAACAGUCCAACUAUGAUUAUCACUUCGUUCCCGUGUAUAAUGUAAAAAGACGUCAAUAUUUCAGAUAUUUUUAUAAAUACUUACCAUUAUCUCGUAAUCGCUCGUAUCUUUAUGUUACAUAAAAAUGAUAAUACUACUUUGCAAUACGAGUGCAAAAAAUCGAACUUUAUAGACUGGCGAUGAAUUUGCUUCCAACUUUAUUAAUAAAACAAAAGUAUUCAUUUGCCCCACUUCUUGCGCGUAAGACUGAUAACCCUUCUACGAGAUGUUGAUAUAUACCGCCGAUAUCAGCUCAGUAUCGUCUGAUUCAUCAUGUCUUUGCUCGGAGGAUUGUUGUUCGUCGUCAGUGCUCUCGUCGUUCGCGGGAGCAGCAUUUCUACGAUCGAGGAGAAUUAUUUGAAAUUUCCAGCAGGAUUUCUCAUCGGCACAGCAACAGCCGCUUAUCAGAUCGAAGGAGCUUGGAACGUGAGCGACAAGAGUGAGAAUGUUUGGGACCGCUUUACACACGAGCCCCGUCCAGGUCGAAUAGUGAACAACGACACCGGUGACGUGGCUUGCGACUCUUAUCACAAGUACAAGAAAGACGUGGAGCUCCUGAGAGAGAUCGGGUUCGACGUCUAUCGGCUGUCGCUCAGCUGGUCGCGAAUUUUGCCCAACGGCUUCGCCAAUAAGAUCAGCCAGGAUGGAUUGGAUUAUUACAAAAAAGUGUUGGCCGAGUUAGAAGCCAACGGGAUCGAACCUCUCGUGACCCUUUAUCACUGGGAUCAUCCUCAGAUAAUAGAGGAUCUCGGCGGAUGGACCAACGAGGAGAUAGUCGAUUACUUCGGCGAUUACGCCCGCGUCGUAUUCCGUGAACUUGGACCGAGAGUAAAAUACUUCUGUACCAUCAACGAGCCCGAAGAAUUCUGCGCUCGGGGCUACGGGUUGGGCACGAAGGCGCCGGGAAAGGAGAUUCAUGGAAUCGGCGAAUAUCUCUGCUCUCACAAUGUCCUGAAAGCUCACGCACGCGCUUAUCACAUUUACGAUAAGGAAUUUCGCCCGACGCAAAACGGCACCAUCGGCAUUGUCCUGUCGUUGAGUUACGCCUAUCCGAAAGAUCCAGACGACGCGACGUCCGUCGAGACGCACUUUCAGUUCAAUGCCGGCUGGUUCUGUCAUCCGAUAUUUUCAGCGAGCGGCGACUAUCCGAGCCUGAUGAAAGAGAAAAUUGCCAGCGCCAGCUUGGAACAAGGAUACCCGCGUUCGCGUCUUCCGGAAUUUUCGCAGGAAUGGAUCGAGUAUAUCAGGGGCUCUUCGGAUUUUCUGGGCGUCAAUCACUACACGUCCACUUUGGUGGAGCCAGGAGUAGAAUCCGUGGUGCCGUCCGUGUUCGCCGAUCGGAAGAUAAUUCUCUCCCCUGAUCCCAGCUGGCCCAGAGCGAAUUCCAGCUGGCUUUACGUCGUUCCCAAAGGCUUUGGGGAUCUUCUACGUCUUCUCGCAAAGGAAUACAACAACCCAGUGAUGUACGUUACGGAAAACGGAGUCUCGGCCGCGGAAGAGACGAACGACCUCAAUAGAAUUCAGUACUUCCACGAUUACCUGAAAGAAAUGUUACUGGCUAUGAAUCGCGACGGGGUCAAUGUCAAAGGUUACCUCGCUUGGUCGCUCUUGGAUAAUUUCGAAUGGACCCAAGGAUAUAGCGAACGCUUUGGCCUGGUUCACGUGGACUUCAACGAUCCCGAAAGAAAGAGAACCUUGAAGAUGUCUGCUAACUGGUGGAAAAACGUAUUGAAAACUCGAAAAUUGGAACCAGUCCCAGCUGGACCACAAUCAUCAUGCUGCACGGCGAUACCGGUGUGAAAGCAAACGUCCCUACGUUGGAUUCGACUUCAUUCAGUCAUCAAAUUAUUGCAUGCGUCUCGCGACCAAGAUUAAUUUUACAUAAGACUAGAGUAACGAAAUAUUGACUGUAUAUAAUCUAAAUGACAAUAACUAGAGACUUUUAAAUACUAUAAGUCGACAUUAGGAUAACCUUAAUUUUUGAUAUCGCAAAUAGUUUCAAUUACAAUAGUCGUCCUCGUACACCCUCAUUGAGUUACAUUUGUAUAACCAGAUUAUCCGAUAACCCUUGAUUCACCUAUAACAGAUGACGUCAAAGAGACACUUGAUUCCACUAACAAGUGUGAUAAAUUACGAGGGGUUAUCGUGAAAAAUAUAUAGCACGGUUCAUUUUUAUAUGGAAAUUGACAAAAAAAAAGUCCCAAAAAAACAACAAUACCGAUUUACCAAUGAGUGUCUAUCUUAUGUCAGUUAUGUAUAAUAGAAAAAGGGAUCACUGUAUUACGAGAAAGAAAGAAAAAAAUCCCACUUCGAAAACUCGUUACAGAGAGGACAAGAGAAACAAAAAAUAUAUCUCGUAUGUCGACACGUAAUACGAAUUUGUCACAUGCACUUCCACUCGAUACCGACAUUACGUCAAUAUCUAAGCGCAACGGGUUGAAUUGGUGAAACGCAUAAAAAUCAAAAUAAUAAAAAAAAAAAAAAACGAAAAUACCGUCUCUUUCCAUCCGAUAGCCG